AUGCUCGGCCUCAGUCUCACCCUAUUAGUCCUCGCGUCCCAAGCCCUGGCAGACUGGACAGUCACGAUCUCGCCCAAGUCCGACCCCAGCAGGUGCUUCACGUCCACCGGCGUCGGGAAUCCAGUCAAGAUCCUCCCCUGCGAUUCCUCCGAGAGUCAGAAAUGGACAACGUGGGAGGGUUGCGGCAGUCUCAUCUGGCAGUCUUCCACCGGGAAGGACAUAAUCCUUCAAGCUGGGUACAGGCUAACGCCAGACUGGCCCGAACGCGCCUGGCAGCCGAAAGCGGGUUCCGUCGUGAUUCUCAACUCGACCUGGACCAGACCCGAUACGGGUAUGACCUUCCUCCGCAAGGAGGGGCAUAUUGAGAAUGCAUUUGCGGACCAAUUUGUCGGGUACAACCAGUGUCUGGACUGGAAGGAUGGAGCUGGGGAGGUGUUGCAGUUGUGGAAUUGCGUAGAGGGUAACUCGAACCAACAAUUCGACGUUCGUUAUGCCUAG